AUGAAUGCAGCCAGGCGACGUUUGCGUUGCCUUCAAUCUAGAAGAGUUACCAGUGCAUCAGAUGAUACUUUUACCAUUAUUAUGUGUUUUAGUACUCUAGUUCCAUAUAUGUUUUUGUUUGUAGGAAUUUUGGAAUUUGGUGGUUAUUCACAGUGCUCUCCUGUAAAUAAGGGAUAUUAUUCGUUCCAGUAUGCAAUAGACAUGGACGAUAUACUGAGUCAGCAUUCUGAAGAAGGCAGAGAUAGUUUUACAAAGGGAUCUUACAGCUUUCUGCAACCUGAUGGACUGAUUCGUACUGUUCAGUACCAAGUCGAUGGCCAAAUGGGCUUCAAAGCUAUCGUAAAAUACAGUAAAAUUCGCAAUAACUUACGUGGACCUUUGAGAUUUCCCAGGGAUUUUCUCCAUCCUCUGUACUUUUUUAAGCCCUUGAGUUUUGUUCCUUUAAAUGUACUGAAAUCUUCAAAAUUCAAAAAUCAACGACACUAA